GAGCUUCUACAAAAAUACAGGCCGAGGCUGAUAACAUAUUGAUUUUUCAAAACGUUUGUUGAACCAAUCACAGAGUUAGAACUAUUUUUAAAGGGUGAGGUUGUCUGGUUUUUCUGAGCUAGUGCAAAUUAUCUAAAUGUGAAGUGAUAGUUGGUUCAUAUAUUUUUAGCGAGCGAAAGCUCGCUGGAUUGGCUGAUGCAGGUGGCUACACUUUUCCGCGAGUCUACCACAUUGCUGGGGGAGACUAUGGAAUCGGGCGGAGGUGGAAGUGGACCACCACCGGACACUUCGGGUCCUCCAGGACAAUUGUCUUAUGACAAUUACAACCAUCCAGUUAAUUAUCCUCCGCACAAGUACAAGCUAAAUAUGAAACUUGAGGCCCAUGAUGAUGGCUACGAAACCAGUGCAGACUUGUUGAUGAAUAAUCCCAAUGUCAACCAUAACCAUCAUGAAGUUAAACGAGAAAAAAUGGAGGACCCUUAUAGUUUCAUUGACGACGAUCCCAUUCCUAUGCUUCCUUCGGCCCAAGGGCCACCUCAUAUGAUGCACCCAUUGCCACCUCUGAACAACCAAAUUAUGCCUGGUCCGAAAAAACGGGGAAGGAAAAAGAAAAUCAAAACUGAACCUGGUGAUUUCGCACAAGAUUUAAAUGGAGUAAUUCCUCGGCCUAUCAAAGAACGUAAAAAGCAUGACAGAUUUAAUGGAAUGCCUGAGGAGGAAGUCUCCAAGAGAACGUUACCAGAUCAUCUUGCUGAAAACUUAGAUAUUAUUAUUAUUGGAAUUAAUCCAGGACUGUUUGCUGCUUAUAAGGGCCAUCACUAUGCAGGACCGGGUAAUCACUUUUGGAAAUGUUUGUAUUUAUCUGGCCUCACGCCGCAGCAAAUGUCAGCUGAUGAAGAUUAUAAAUUACUUCAGGUUGGAAUUGGUUUUACCAAUAUGGUAGAACGUGCUACAAAAGGCAGCGCUGAUUUAACACGUAAAGAAAUUAAAGAAGGUAGCCAAAUUCUGUUAGACAAAUUAAGAAAAUUUAGGCCUAAAAUUGCGGUGUUUAACGGAAAGUUGAUUUAUGAAGUGUUUUCUGGGAAGAAAGAUUUCAAAUUUGGCAGGCAGCCGGAUUUGGUAGAAGGCACCAGCACUCAUAUGUGGGUGAUGCCUUCAUCCAGUGCACGAUGCGCACAGCUCCCUAGGGCAGCCGAUAAAGUGCCAUUUUAUGCAGCUCUUAAAAAAUUCCGAGACUAUCUGAAUGGAUUGCUUCCAGAAAUUGAUGAAAAUGAAAUGGUUUUUAGCGAACCCAAAGUAAAGUCGUGCUAUGAAGCUGAACCGAAGGCAGAGCUUUACCCUGAGCUUACUGACAUUAGCAAUGCUGUGAUUAAAAAUGAGGAUGGUACAAUAAUACCAUGUAAAAAGAAGCGUGGUAGGCCAAAGAAAAUUAAAGUGGAAGGUGAAGAAACACCUCCACCUAAACCAGUUGCUAAAAAACCUCCACCACCUUCUAGUAAUAAUUGUGGAGAUUUUCCAAAGAAAAAGAGAGGUAGGCCUAAAAAAGUAAAAAUGGAUAAUGCUGAAACAAAUCGCAUGGAAAAUAGUAGCGCCCAAUCCAAUAUGUCACAGUGUUUUUCUAAUCCAUCGCCCAUUCAGUCACCAAACAGUUUUUAUCCAAUGGGACCGGCGAUGACACCACCAAGUAGUACAGGUAAUAUGUAUAAUUCGCAGCCGCCGGUUUAUAAUCAAUCACCUCGGCCGCCGUUCAGCCAGUCGCCCAGACCGGCCUAUAGUCAGUCUCCACGACCAGCUUAUAGUCUAAGUCCAAGACCGGCUUAUAGUCAGUCUCCGAGACAGCAGUACAACCAGUCUCCAAGGCCACAGUAUAGUAAUUCACCUCGGCCUCAGUAUGGUGGCCAAUCCCCGCGGCCACAUUCUCAGCCAUUUACACAUUCUGAUCUCAGUUCGGAAAUUAGUGCGGCAAUUAGUUCGGAACAACUUGGUUCGCCUGGUUCACCCAUUGGUCCGCCAGAUUUUGAGCCGCCCACUAGUAUGGCUGAAGAUGCAGAGUGCAGAUUAAGUCCUGCGCCAUCUACAAACAGCGAGAAUCCAACACAUCACUAUCACAUGAGUCCUGCUCCAUCCACAAAUGGAGAACAACCACAUCACUACCACUAUCAACCAUACAAUAUGGAUCCGCCCUCCCAGGAACCUCCGCAGCUUGCUCCUCAGUAUACAACUCCACAACAACAAAAACAACAAGACAUAGCUUCAAAGAGCCUUUCAGGCCUGGAGUCAUUGGUUGACCAAAUUCCAAGUAUUACUGAUGGGGAGGCUCCCUUAACUGAAACGCCCGAUCAGUAUUCAAAUAGUUACACUGUGGCUUCGGCACGGGCAAGUCCAGUUUCAUACAACUAUCCUCCAUCAUCCGGAUAUCCUUUGUAUCCGACACCAACUUGGAGCGGGCAUUAUGAACCAAUGCCCUUAAGUUACCCUCAGAUACCAUACCCUCAGAGCUACACACCAGGGAUUCACAUGCCCAAUCCAAACUAUCCUUAUUACACUUACCCCCAGCCCACUCCACCGCAUCCACCUGGCUAUCCACCUUAUUUGGGUGGGUUUUGAUCGGUUUCUGUCGCUGUAUUUUAAUGUUGUGUACCUGUAAGAUAUGUUUGGCUAGUACCUAGCAAGUCUGUCCGCUUCAGUACGAAGUAUGGGAAAUUCAAAUGCUUUGGCUUGGGGAAUAAUUAUAUCUGUAUAUUAUUUAAAAAUAUAUUUAUCAAUACAUUUGAAGAACAGAUUGUCAGGACAGGACAACAUACUUCAGUAAUUUCUGCAGGUUUUGUGAUUUGUUGUUUAAGACUUCAUUUCAUCAUUGUAUGCUAUAUAGGGUUUUGAAAAUAAGUGAUACUACUAUUAUUAGCUUCAAAGGUACGAAAAAGAAAACAUGCUUACAUAUACAGGAUGAAUCUGAAAGUGAGUUUUUUUUUAACAGGGUACAUAUAUGUAUAUCUCGCCAAAAUAGGCUGUUUGGCAAAAAAUUGUUUAUAUAGAAAAUUUAAGAUAACGAAAAUUUUUAAUAGGUUGAAAAUUAAAAAAGGAGUUUUUGAUUGAUUUUUUUGCUGAAAUAAUGCAACUAUACCUAUUAUGGGAUAGGCUCAUUAUGCUGGACUAUUAACAGCUUUUUUUUUGCGUUUUUUUUUUGAAAAAAUGUGAACAUGUUUUAUAGUUGGAGUUUUCUUUAAACCUUAAAAUACCUGUACCUCCGUUAUCUUAAUUUUUUUAUGUAAACAAUUUUUUGCCAAACAACUUAUUUUGGUGAGAUAUAUAUCCUGUUAAAAAAAAAAACCUCACUUUCAGAUUCGCCCUGUAUAUAUAUCUAUAUUUUUUUAUCUGAGUAGCCAAAGAGUUGCUAGGAAAAUCACCUCAGAAUUUGUUUUUGUAAUCGCCUAAUUGUGUACUGCACGAAGCUUGCACCUUCUUCUCUGAGUUGUUUUGGAACUUUGAUUCGACUCGACUCACCGGUUUACCAGCUGUCAAUUAAUUUAUAUAAAUAGGUAUGUGUAUUUUUUAACUUCUGCAGCACUGAGAUUGUGAAUCGAACAAUGAAAAUAACUACAUUCUGAAACAAUCAACAAAAAUAACUUCAGAAUUCCACUACUUAGAAGAUUUUUCUGCGGGAAAGGCUAGCUUUUUACCUAUAUUUCAAGACUUAUGACUGUCUUGACCGCCAAGCCCUGUGCUUUAUCCCUUGCCCUCUUUCUGGGAUAGAGAAUAAUUUUGUAACACUGCCUGCUUCUGGAAUCAAAUUAUCCCGAUCAGACCGUUUAUUAUCGUGAUAUGCCUUCAGCCUGUCUGGAGCUACCACUUUUUUCCCUAUGUCUAUACCUCCACUCAAAUUCAUGAAUUCCAUCUAUCAUGCUUCAUCUGCCUAUUACCAGCUGUAUUUCAGAGUCCAAAGUACCAAGUCUUUGGAAAUAAUGUCCUCUGGAUCUGUGGUCUUUGUCAUACUCAUAAUAAUCUUCUUCAUCCCAACUAAACAUCUCUAUUAAUCAGAGCAAAUGAAAGAAAGGAGUCCUUUAUACUUCACGUCUCUAUUAAUGUCAAAUGAAUACCCCCCAGGAUGCCUCCCUGUCCAUCUAGAUCCAUAACCUGCGGGGUUCUUCUUCCUUUUGACUGAAGUCACAGGAAUUAGAAGAAUGACCCCCCUGUUCAUUCAGUCUGUUAACUUGUUUUUCGAUCUCAGAACUCCUAAUAAAGUCACUAUUGUAGUGCCACUUUUCUUUCUCAAAUAGAACACUACGGAAAAUUCUGGAACUUUUCAGGAAAUUUUCCGCUAAAAAUUUUCUUCAUUUGUUAGUUUUCUGAAAAAUUUAUGGAAAACAGGUUAUUUUCGAAAAUGUGCCUUUUCACCCCUAAAAGGGAAUGGGAAGGGUAGAGCACAGGGGAUGGACCUCGAGAUAGUUUUUAAUUUUCAAAUAGAGGUGAAAAGCUGGCCUUUCCCGCAUAGAAAUUUGUUCGAAAAAUUAUGUUUGAUGAUCCAAAUCAAAAAUCAAUGACAUCCAAAUAUCAAUAAAUGUGAACAUCGCCUCCCUAAAGUCCGCCACACGGAAGAUAAAGACCGCAUUAUUCGUUAUAUUUCUCUAGUCAAGAGGCUAUUAAAUGUUUCUGAAUCGUUUUAGUAAGUUUGCUUAUUGACAAUUGAAUUUAAGAAAUAUUGCGCGACCUACGGAAUUGUUAAAUUCAGAGAUGUUUGGAUAUUUUUGUUUUCAAAAAUAAUACAUAGUGAAAUGAAUGUUAUAUUUUCUUUCUUUUUUCAUGUAUUUUUAUUUUGAAUUGAAGAUUUUUUUGGGUACCAUAUUGUUGAUCUGCCACUGGGCAUUCUGCAAAUAUCUUGAACCUAAACUCCUUAUCUUCUCAGUUAUAGAUAUAUGUAUAGAUAUACUUGCUCAAUAUGCAUAAAAGGUAUCAGAAAUGAUAUAUGUAGAACCCCAAAAACAAUCUGCAGGAAAAUCAGAAACGAAAAACAAAUAAGUACGCAAAAGUAGUGAUUUUUUUUUAUCCUCCUGUCUACAACCAUAGAAUACAACAUACUACGCGCGAAAAAUUUCUCUGAAUUAGCAUGUGCCAGCAAGUUUUUGCUACGUUUAAAAUUUGGGAAAUCUGGAUAAGCUAUAAAGAUUAAUAAUUGUAACUUUCCGUUUCCAAGAUAGCAAUAGUGGUGUGACUUAUUUGUGAAGCUCUGUAGACCGCUCAAAAAUACUUAGUUCAUAAAAUGUAAUUAUUCUCUGAGCAUUUUAUACUCUACUGUAUUUGAUCUAUACAUUCAAUGUGAAGUUUCCCAUAUUAAACGAUGGUCACUUGCAUUUUAAAACCAGAGACUUGCACAGGGUAAUUGGUGAUAUCUUUUUGUCAUAAGUAUUUUCUCUAAACUUUAAAUGUUAGAUAGGCCAAGGGUUUGUGCAUUAAUAUCUACAUUCGGAUCUCAAGUUGGCCUUGUGUGACUGAUGUUAUCUGAAUGUUUAGCCCUGGACUUUAUUUAUGAUGUGGUAUUUAAUUUGUUUUAUUGUUAUUUUUCAUUUUAUAUCUUUUAUAGCAAUGGUACUAAAAACGUGGUAGAUAAAAUCAAAAAAAUAUACAUACAAUUUUGAAAUUAAAUUAUUCAAAUAUUUAUCCCUAAUCAUGCAUACUGAAAAGAUUUUUUUUUAUUUUUAAUAUUCCACUACAUAGUCUAAAUGUAGACUGAAAUAGAUACACCUAUCUUUGUAAAAGUCUACCAGAGAAUCCCUAACGGUUGAUUCGGUGCCAAUUAUUGCCCCAGGUCGGUUCUAGGUGUACCGCUCCCAUGAGAGUCAAAACCAGACGGCAAACCAGUACCCAGGUUCUGGUUCUAGUUGUGGAUCGUACACCGCACUGACGAGCUGCAAGAACACCGAAACCCGUCUGAAGGUGGAUCCGCAGAGAAAACUGGUUACCUGGUUUCUGAUGAUCAUCUGCAUCUCAAAUAGAUACACAUUUUAUACUCUGACCAAAAAGUAACUAGACCAAUAAAAGCACGAGAAGAGAUGUUUUUUUUGUUGAAAAGCUGCAAUUUGAGAGCUGAGUCGUACUAUUUAAACAAUUGAAACCUUCUAGUUCUAUUCCGAAACUAGCAUCGGAUGUGCUGAACGGUUUUUAUCCUCUAGACACCACAUGCUAUGGUGUAGUGAUGCCGGGGAGAUAAGAGAAUCUCGUCUCGACAAGAUCAGAGAGUGUUUUUACGUGAAAGAAAAGCUUAGGACGAGACAAAAGAAGUUCUUCUCUAGCCGAGAAUUCUCGUCUUCUCUCAGUCUCUCUCGUGUGGUCAGAUAGACAUACCUCACUCAGUCUUUUUACACAACAAUUUCUACACAGCAACAAGUUUUUUUUUUGCCAAAAAAAGUUGAACAAGUAUUUGAUACGCUAAAAUGAAAAUCAGUGUCAAUCAAAAGUUAGAUCUUCUCAGACAUUUAAUUGGGCUCAUGUGAUUUUAACAUUGUCAAUCCUGAUACCUACUUUUGGUCAGGGUAUAUCCCUUAAGUGCAAUAUGAAUGCUUUGUGACUUUUUUGUCAACCUUGUUCCAAUCAAAUUUAUAUGUUGUUUAUUGUAUACAUCUAGUCCGUAUUUCUAGUCUUACAAAAUAUUUUUUAUUUAAUUUUUAUAUUUUUUGAAAAUAUAUUUUUUUAUUACUAGGUCACUUUAUUUAAUGGUUUGAUGUUUUUUCUGUAUUUGAACUACCUACAAUACAAUAAUCUCCAUAAGAUUUGGCAUUUUUUGUGUUCUGUUUGUGAGUAGUUUAAAUAAUUAUUGUUUUCGUAAUCUUCUUUCUAAGAAAUAUUUAAAUAUAUGUAUAUAAAUAGGAAAGUUUGCAUUUAAUUUAAUUGAAUAUAGUUGAACUGGUUGAAGCAGCAGUUUAAUCCGUUCUAGAGGCAGUGAAUAUUUUUGGCACUUGGUUGAAUUCCUCUACUUUUGGCAGAUAAUUCCAAUGAAAAUUAAAUUUGGUGGCAAUAUAAUAAAUUACAAGAUAGUAGUAUAGUCAUAAAUCAUAAUAAUCGUCUAUUAUUAAUUUUGUUCUUUAUUGAAAUUCCUCUCGCCUAGCAAAGUCCCAGAGCUGGAUAAUAUGGGCUUUUCCAAAACAUUUAAAAUAAUUGUUUUGUCCUUAUAGCGUAGAAGUCAGGUAAGGCAAUCUGACGAAUAAAAACGCAAUGUAUAAUCCUAUUGGUCGACCAGUUAUCCGCCGACCAAUAGGAUUAUAGAUUGGCAAAUUUAUUUCAAAGACAGUUACCAGUAAGUUUAUCUAAAGAAUAAUAAACCUGACCGUAGAGAAUUUAGUUUUCAUAUAUCGUCGUUAAUUUCACAAAGUGAUGUAUCUCAAAUCGAGAUUCUUUUGAGAUACGUCACUUUGUGAAAUUAACGACGAUAUGUCCUCACCAGAAAUAAUCUGAUCGACAUAUGUUUAAUUGUUUCUUUAUACAUAUGAAAUAAAAAUAUUUGUGCCAACUUGGUAAAAUUUCGAUUUACAACUAAACUGAAUCCAAAUCGGACAGUCAGUGAAUGACGUAAACAAAUGCAGGCAUAGAGGGCACCUGAUCACUAUCCUUCUGAGUAUUAAUUAAUCGCGCGAUGGCAUUUGUUUAAGUUUACUGUCUGUCUAAUUUGUAUGUUUGGUUACUGCUACUACAAUAAAAAAUUAAGUGCCAAAUUGCUGGUUAGGAAUUUAUAGGAAACUGUUUUUAUUACAUACAUAAUUUGUUGCUACCCCCUUGAUGAGUCCAGGGCUGUGUGAUACCCGUUUAUUAAUAGCUGUAGGCCUGAUUCAUGUCAUAAUUUAAAAAACAUUUGGCAUAGCUCUGUUCAUCUAUUAUCCUUCCCCUAGUCUCCUAUCCUCUAAGUGUGUCCUUCCUUACAUAUCUCUGUAUUAAAACGGUUUCGCAUCUCAUCUAGGAUGCAAGAGAGAUGGAAAUAGUGGACAGACCAAGCAAAUGCAAAGUGUUCAGACGGUACUGGAUCAAGAAUAAAACAACUGAUUCCUUUGUAGUGUGUAAAAUGUUAUAGGCAUAAUAAUUGUAUCUUAUUUACUUAGAGCAUAUUCAAAAAUAAAAAAAGAUUUCAUUCAUACAUAAUAUUUUGUAUAAUGUGAUCGUUAGAUGGUAAUUUCUUCUGGUUUAUGAGUUCCAGGCAACAUAUUCAAAUUUUAAUACCAUGUAUCCAUACCAUAUAGAAAUAUUUUAAAUUAUUUUAUCUAAUAAUACAUACCUAUCCAGGGCAUUAUGGGCUUUAUUCAGUCUACUGUGUUAGCUAAACAUUCGUUUGUGUAAUGCUGUUAAAUGUGACCCAAAUUAACACCUCAAAUAAAUUUGUUGCUUGGAUUAUUUUUCUAAAUUUUUCGGUUUAUAGACAAUUAGUUAAAGCGUUAUAAAAUCACUACAAACGUGAAUUGAUUGGUGACAACUCAUCGAAAUUAGACUGGUUCUUUCCAGAGCAACUAUUUCAAAGCGAUUCUCUAAAUAUGUAUUGAUAUAUAUUCUGAAACGAGCUUAAACUAAACCUUAGGUUCUGUGAACCAGGGUUUUCUCUAAAUCCUUUAGCCCUAGAUACUCAAGAAGAUAAUCAGUGUAUAUCAUUGAUCAUCUAGAAAAAGCAUUUGCGCUUGUUACUGAUUACUGCAUUUUAGCACCAUAUUGGAUUUAAAAAAAACUAAUACUAACACAGGUCAGUAUAGGCACUAUAAUAUUUUGAACGAGAUUUGCUCACUUCAUGUGGGUAUUGAAGCGAGUUUAAAAUAUUUGGCUGCUUUCUCUGAAAACUUUUAAUUUUAGCGUGCGUUUGAGUAAGGCUUCAAUAUCGGGUUUUCGCAAAUAUAAACAAAUAAGGGAGCCUUUCGCAACAUCACCGACUCUGUGUUUGAAUGCCAGAAUCUUCCAUACAAAUAAUUGAGUUUAUUUUUGAUAAAAACAAAAUGUUGACUCAGUUUGUUAUGUACCUAGUUAAGUUUCUUCUGAAGUCACUUGGUGAUCUAGGAUUAGGACAUUGGCACUAUAUUCAUGAUGGCAGUUUUGAAAUGUCACCAAUUAGACAGAAUUAUUUUUAAAAAAUUAUGUAAACUCUGGCCGUUUUCCAUUUUAGGAUUACUUUUGACCAAUAUAAUUGUGUAUAUGAAUCAAAAACUGUGCUCGUGGCUGUAAAUUAAAUUAUUUUGCUGUGCCACAUUCUUCCAAAUACUCAAUAUGAUUAUUGGAUUAAGGACAUAAUCAUCUGGCAUGAUUAUCAUCUCAACUGGCUGAUUAAGUAUUCUUUUCACCAAGCAAAGGUUUUCAACAAAGUCUCGAAUAAAAUUGGCAUGUUGUUAGUACUUUAUGGUGCAUUCCUUUACCAUUGUUUCGAAUUCUGCCAAAAACAAUAAUAUCUAAGAUCAACAAUAGUUGCCAAAUCUCACCAAAAAGUUCACUUUUGUAUGACACCCUAUAGCGUCAUGUAGCUGUCACAAUACGAAAUACAUUGUGUGUAAGAAUAAAUUAUAAUGAUUGUACUUAAAUGUGAAAUAAUGUUACACACUGAAAAAAAAAUUCAACGAAGUUUCUACGAUUCUAUCCUAAUGAAGUGACAACUAGACAAUUAUAUCUAUUUCCUAUAUAAUAUGAAUGUUAAUAUUUUCCUAACUGUUGUUUCUAAUUUAUUUUGCUUAUUUUAUUAAUUUUUAAAUUGAUUUAACUUGUUUUAGGCUAUGUUUUUUGUUUGCCGAUUUUGUUCUUUGAAUACCAAGGUACAUUUUUUUGUUUGUUUUUUUUUUUAAGGGAGAGCUUUUUUCACUUCUCAAUAGUGAAAUUGUUACCAGAGAGUGUUUUAUUAUUACUUAACUGAUAUUUUCAUAAAGAACAUUUUUUUUAACAUUAUGUCGUGUGUGGACUUGGUUUGGUGUCAAGCUCAAAAAUGGAUUUACAUAAUAUUAUUUAGUUACUUUGUAAAUUAUUAUCAAUAAUUGUAAUAUUUUGUAAUUCUUGAUUUAAAUGUUGAGCGAUGAGAAAGGUAUGUAUGAACAUUUUUGAUGAAUCAGAGAUGUUUCAUAAGUGUAAAAAUUGUAAAAAGCAAAAUUUAAGGAUACUUUAGUAUUCUUUUGAAAAAGUUAGUAAAAAUUUUGAUACAGGGUUGUAGAGUUCAAAAUGUAGCUUAUUAUUGGUGUGCAUAAUAUUAUGUGUAAAUUACUGUGCAUCACCUAUUUAUAGACUUAUUCUACAGUAACCUGACUUAUCUUCUGAACACUCUGCAUUUACCUAACAUUAUAGCUAGGUGUGAAUACUAAAAAAAGCGAACCAAGUUUUUAACGAAAUUUUAGAGUUUAGGCUAGUAAAUGGAAAAAUUAUUUUUGGUUUCAGUGCGCAAAUUGCAUUUUGUCUAUAAAAAAUUUAAAGCGUCGAUUAAAUGAGUAAAAAAACUAAGUGACCUAAAAUUAAUGGUAAACGUGUGUACGUAAAUAAAUUUAGGAUUUGUAUGUUUUCUUUAUCUAAUCUUUAAGGUAAGAUUUGUGAUUAGUUACACACUAUUUCCCUCUCUUUUUUUGUUAAUUAAUAAUUGUUCAUCAUGAAGACUAUGAUUUUUGAUAUGUCAGAAUAAUCAUUUUUAUAUGUAAGAGCUGGUAUAUUUGAUGGAAUUGUAUGUAUAAUUUACUGCCUCUGAUUUGCUAUUUUUUGUACUUAAACUUGUAGAAACUGAGCGAGGUAUACCUACAUGUACUUUUUAUUCGCUUAAUAUAUAAAAAAAUCUAUUCAAAACAAUUAUUCUGACCAUUCGAAAAGCUGGUCAAGUGAGCUGCAAGUGGUUAUUGGUUUUUGUAGUCACAGAACUGAUAUUUAUUUAAAGAAUUCUAAUUGUUCAUUGUGUUAUAUGAUAAUGUAUUGAUUUAUAUAUAUCUAAUAAUUGUUAUCUGUAGGUAUGAUACUCCCAAUAUUAAGUUGUUCUUAUUUUCAUUUUGAAAAAAUCUCUCCCACUGUUCUUUUUGUACUUUCAAACAGCAUUAACAUUUUAAGGACAAAAAAAAAUAAAUUUUGUUUAAUUCCAU